UGGAUCAGCUCUCGGGCUAGUCUCGAAUAACCCGGAAGAACAAAGGUGAAUUCCGAGCGCCUGUCGGAAGUUUUUAAGUAUUUUUCAAGAUGGCGGCGGUGGUCGCUCCUCGCCUAAUCCGUUUUGGGUCGUUUUCUUUGAGACCUACGUCUGCGUACUGCUUGCAGACGCAGGGUCUUCAUCAGAGCGCAACAAAUGCGAAUUCCAGCAGUGUGGUUCCGCUUCGGGAGAAGAGCACCGCUGUUGCUGCCAAGGCUUCCGCCGUUCCGAGCAAUAAGGGGGAAUAUGUGAUCACCAAACUGGACGACCUGGUCAACUGGGCCCGCCGGAGCUCUCUGUGGCCCAUGACGUUCGGCCUGGCGUGCUGCGCGGUGGAGAUGAUGCACAUGGCGGCUCCGCGCUACGACAUGGACCGCUUCGGCGUGGUGUUCCGCGCCAGCCCCCGCCAGGCGGACGUCAUGAUCGUCGCCGGGACCCUCACCAACAAGAUGGCCCCCGCCCUCCGAAAGGUGUAUGACCAGAUGCCAGAGCCCAGAUACGUCAUUUCAAUGGGGAGCUGCGCUAACGGAGGGGGAUAUUACCACUACUCUUAUUCUGUGGUGCGAGGCUGUGACCGCAUCGUUCCGGUGGACAUAUACGUUCCAGGCUGCCCGCCCACAGCAGAGGCCCUGCUCUACGGCACCCUGCAGCUGCAGAAGAAGAUCAAGCGGGAGAAGAGAAUGAAGAUCUGGUACCGCAAGUGAGAGGGAGCGCCGGCGUCCGGCCGUCUGUCUGUCCGUUUGUCCUUUAUUUAUGGCUGGCUGUUGUCCUCAGAGAGGAAUGGUUGGCAGUUUUAUUAGGAGCUGCCCUGCAUUGGAAUUUUCUUUUUCUCCUCUUCUCUGUGAGUAACAAUAAAGUGUGCAUAACCUCUGA